GCAAAACACACGCGCAACAGCAGCAGCAGCAGCAGCAGCAAAAAAAAACAACGAACAUCGGAAAAAAAGAACACGUCGAAAAGACACGACAAUAACCGCGCACGAUAAAAGUCGCCAGCGGCCAAAAACGCGCUCAUUGCGUGCGCUGUUUUCGCAACGGUAAAUUAGGUAGCACACAGCUGCUGAGAGUCGCGGGCAUCGGGCGGAUAUCAGAUACGCAGAUACUACAACCGAGAUAGACGUUGAGGGCCGCAGAUAGGAUGAGGAUGCGGCACGCAUUUGCUGGAUUAAUUGUGUGUUGGCUGGCAGUUUGUCAACCGCAAGCUGAGGCGCAGUUUGCACCGUUCGGUCAACCCGUCUUUGGUGGGCAACCUGGCUUCUUUGGAGGAGGCGGUCGCGGCCAGCUGGGCUCCGUGUCCAGGGCCAACACGAACGCCUACGAGCGCCAGGUGGACCUUGGCAACGAUCUGGAGUACACGCGCGGCGUGUCCAACUCGCGCGCAGUGACGCGCCAGAACGGACAGCGCGUGGUCGCCAACAGCCAGGCGCUGACCCGCGGCCUGGACCUGGGCGGACUGCAGCUGGGCAACACGUUCACGCGCACACGCACCAAUGCGAACGGCGCGGUGAUCGGCGGGGGCGUGGCCAAUCAGUUCCGCAUCGGGGACGUCGGCCUGGGCGCCUCCCUCUCGCCGGACAACAUCCGGCAGGGCUUCGGACUGCAGCGCGACGCCAACGGCGAUGUGCGCCUGGGCCUGGGCCUGCUCAGCCUCGAUCUGGACAGGCAGGUGGAGGACAGCAACACGCUCAGCCAGGCGCAGGUGAACGCCCAGGGCCGUGGCGCUCGCGUCGGCUCCAACAGCAACAGCUUCACCAACAACCAGCAGAUCGGCGGCCUCAAUGUCAAGGAGACGUUCAGCAACUCGAACGCCUUCGGGCGCACGCGCUUCGGCCAGACCUCGGCCAAUGCGGGCGGCUUCGGUGAGACGGCCGCCUCGCGUGGCAUUCCCUUCGGCAACGGAUUCCGGCAACGUCGCACGCCCCAGGUGGCAUACCGUCCGCAGCAGCUGGCAUUCCGUCCGCAGCAGGCGGCGUUCCGCCCGCAGCCGGUGGCCAAUCGCCGUUUCCUGCGGCCCAAGCGUCACGCCCAGUACGUGCCCUUCGGCUAUCCGCAGCCGAAUAACGGCUUUGGUGGUGGCUUCGGCGGCUUCGGCGGCUUCGAGGCGGAGCGUCCACGUCGCCAGUUCGGACGUCCGGGCGGCGGCUUCGGCGGCGGCUUCGGCGGACCCCCGAGCUUCGGCGGCGGCUUCGGCGGACCACCGAGCUUCGGCGGCGGCGGCUUCGGUGGCGGCGGCUUUGGUGGCGGCUUCGGACAGCCAGGCUUCCCAGAGGGCGGCAACAAGCGCGGCCCCGUGCAGUCGUCGGGCAGUGCCGGCGCCAAGGGCGGCCCCGGGUUCAAUCAGCAGGCGGGCAGCAACAACUUUGCCAACCAGAAGGCGGACGGCUCGCAGGAUGCGGGCAGCAGCAGCAUCGGCUCCAACCUGGCCGAGGACGGCAGCAGCGGGCAGGUGAGCUCGGCGAACACCAACCAUCAGUCGAGCAACGGCCACAACUCGAACGGCGCCCAGAGCCAGGCGCUGAACUUCCGGCCCGGCGAGCAGCAGGCGACCAGCUCGAAUGCGAAUACGCAGCACACGCGGACGGGCAACGGCGAGACGAUUGGCUCGAACAGCGGCUCCACCGCCACCAACAACAAUCAGCGGGGCAGCUCCAGCAACACGGCCAACACGGACACGCAGAUUGUGCGCAACGGCAACCAGGAGACGAUCACAUCGGGCGCCAACAGCCAGUCCAUCUUCCAGGGCAACAACAACCAGGGCAACGCCGCGGCCAACACCAAUGCGAACAUCAGCUCGCAGCGCAACCCCAACGGCUCCGUGACGAACUCGGCGUCGAGUAGCGCCAGCGCCACCAGCCAGAACGGGCAGUCGGCCAAUGCGAACGCCAAUGCCAGCGCCGGCGGCAAUCGCAAUGGAGCAGGAGCCGGAGCGGACGCCAAUGCCAAUGGCGGCGGAUUCAAUUGGGGUGGCGGCCCCGGCGGCGGCGCCAAUGCCAACAGCAAUGUCUUUGGCGGCUUCAAUCGACCCUUUGCGUUCGGCCGUUAGUACCGUUUGAGUCCAUACGCACAGCAGCACC